GGAACAGCAUUCCAGGGAAUAGCAUUCCAGGGAACAGCAUUCCAGGGAACAGUAUUCCAGGGAACAGCACUCCAGGGAACGGAACAGCACUCCAGGGAACAGCAUUCCAGGGAACGGCAUUCCAGUGA